GGCCAUGGCAGGCGCGUUGCUGGUCUUUGUACAUAAAGUGAUUCAUCCUUUUCAUUUUAUCCAGUCCAGUAUAUUUCCAAGUAGAGACUGGAGGUUGCGUAGUAAUUCUGCUCGUCGUUUAAUUUGACUUCAAGGUGAUUCAAGUUGCUAAUUUUAGGCCAAAGCCAUUUAAAAUGGUGGCAAAGUUGAUCUGCAUUUUUGUAGCAGUACUGGUUUCUUGCGGGGAAAGUGGCGGAUUCAAGUAUCCCAAAGUUCGUAGAAACGAGUCCGUUAUUGACGAUUAUUUUGGGACAAAGGUAGCAGAUCCAUACCGAUGGCUGGAAGAUUUAAACGCGGUCGAGACUAAGCAAUUCGUCAAGGAUCAGAAUGCCGUCACUCACGCGUACAUUGACACAGCACCGGCACGAUCUCAAAUUAGAGAGACGCUCACAAAGUUAUGGACGUAUCCGAAGGAAGGGUUGCCCAAGAAGAGGGGGAAUAAUUACUUUCUGAAUAAAAAUUCUGGCAUUCAAAAUCAAUGGAUUUUAUACAAAGGAAAGACAGUGGAAUCUCUGUAUAAAGAUGAAGCUGAAAUAUUUCUUAAUCCCAACGACUUUUCCACCGACGGCACCGUCGCCUUGAAGAAGGUUUCAUACUCUAAAAACGGCGAGUUGUUAGUGUACGCACUAUCCACGUCAGGAUCGGAUUGGACCAAGAUUCAUAUAAAAAAUAUUUCAACUGGAAAAGAUUUCGAGGAGGUUUUACAUUUCAUCAAAUUUCCAUCCAUCUCAUGGACUCAUGAUCAUUUAGGAUUUUUCUAUACGAGAUAUCCGAAACCCAAGGAAGAGGAUAAGUUAAUCAAGGCUACAAAUGAUUCGAAAAUUUACUAUCAUCGGGUUGGCACGUCGCAGGACAAUGAUACAUUGAUGGUCCAAUUUCCAGACAAGCCAGACUGGUCACUUUCUAUGGAACUCUCUGACGAAGGGGAAUAUAUGCUCGUCUCAAUUUACAAAGUUAUUAACGAGGAGACCUUGUUCUACACGAAAUUGACGGACGCCAUUAAAGCCGGUCUUAAAAAAGAGUUAGUCCUCAUUCCUCUUACCACCACGCCGGCAUCGUAUUCAUUCAUUGCAAACGACGCCAACAUUUUCUACUUCAUCACGAACGCGGGUGCCCCCAAUUAUCGAUUUGUAGGGAUGGACAUAAAUCUUCCAGGCAUUGCACAUUGGUCAACUUUGAUCCCCGAGCACGAGAAAGACGUUCUAAGUUGGGCUGUAGCAAUUGCAAAUGACAAAUUAUUAGUAUCCUACAAUCGUGACGUAAAGAGUACCUUGGAGCUUCGAAACUUGAGAAAUGGGACGCUAAUUUUGGAAUAUUCACUGGAAGCUGGAUCCAUUCAGUCGACCGAGGGUCGCCGAGAGGAUCGCACAUUUUACUUUUCACUCGCAACUUUCUCCAAUCCUGGAGUCUCGUACAGACUUAUUUUCGGAGAGGAUGGGUCAAUCCCGAGAAAUCUGGAGGUCUACAGACGCACCGCUUUCAAAGGGUUGGAUACUUCAAAGUUUGAGACAAAUCAGGUCUUUUAUACCAGCAAGGAUGGCACAAGUGUUCCAAUGUUCAUUGUGAAGAGAAAGGAUUUGGUCCUCGAUGGAACCGCACCUGCCUUAAUGUACGGCUAUGGUGGGUUCCAAAGCAGUAUGGAACCAUUCUUUUCCGUGGCGUUUCUCUCCUUUGUCAGCAUGUUUGAUGGCAUCCUUGCUUUUCCGAAUAUUCGAGGAGGAGGAGAAUACGGCACGAAAUGGUGGGACGAUGGUCGACUCUUCAAGAAGCAGAAUGUUUUCGAUGACUUUUCCUAUGCUGCAGAAUACUUGAUAAAGGCAAAUUACACGUCCACGCCGAAACUUGCUAUUCAAGGAGGGUCAAAUGGGGGCCUACUUGUGGCAGCGUGUGCAAAUCAGCGGCCCGAUCUUUAUGGGGCUGUUGUUGCGGAAGUUGGUGUGAUGGAUAUGUUGAGAUUCCAACAUUUCACUGUGGGAAGUUUUUGGUGCGGCGAGUAUGGCUGCUCAGAAGACAAGGAUCACUUCCAUAAUUUGAUUAAGUACUCUCCACUACAUAAUAUAAAGGCUAAUACUACAUAUCCUGCCGUUUUGGUACAAACUGCCGACACUGAUGACAGGGUGGUGCCCAGUCAUUCAUUCAAGUAUACGUCACAACUACAGCAUGUCGUUGGAAAUUUUAAAGCUCAGACGCAACCACUCAUGAUUCGAGUAGAAGAGAAAGCUGGGCAUGGGUCGGGGAAGCCAACGUGGAAGCAGAUUGAGGAGUACGUCGAUGCUUAUUCGUUCUUGCAAUUGGUUUUGAAUAUUAAAUUCGUUGAACUUUAAUGUGACCUAUGUUUUUAUAUUUUAUUGUAAUUUGGAACGAGUAAUUGGAGUGUUUCACAAGUAUAAGAAUUCAAUGUUUUUUAAAUGAAUUUGACAACCUAAUUAGAAAUGAAAGACGCGUUCAAAAAUUGAUCUCAUGAAAUCAAAUUUUUGUAACAUUUUUAAAAAAGAAAUAUAAACAGUGAAAUCUGCAUGCACCAAUUUAAACAGGA